AUGGCUCCCGCCAAGACGACCAGCAAGGUCUCGCGCAUCACCGUUGCCUGUAAUUCGUGCCGGUUUCGGAAACAGAAGUGUAGUGGGAAUAAGCCGAUAUGCACCCAAUGCCACCAGCACAACCGGCCGUGCGACUGGCCCGAACAGCUUAAACGAGGCCCCGCGAAAGGCUACAUCGAAGCACUAGAGCAACGCCUCCACGAGACGGAAAGCCUGCUAUUGAAGCUCCUCUCCGACAUCCCGGACUCCCACCUCCUCUCCGCCACCGUCCCGGACACCCCACCACCACACACAUACACGUCCCCUCUCCGUCUCGGCGCGAAACGAGGCACCGACUACUGGAAGAGAUUCCCUCUGCACACGGUGCGGGACAUCCGCGACUGGCAACAGGAUUGUCUGAAUCAGAGAGAGCCCUCGCGGGGGCCGGAGUCCGUCAAGCAGCAUUAUCAUCAACAUCAACAUCAUCCGUCUAUCUCAGUUCCAGUUUCUCUCCCCCCACCACCAGACACCGAGCCCCUCCGAGACCCUCAACUACCCAUUCCCGAAUUCAACGACCGUCACGACCCAUCCCCGGACCACCUCCCAGGAAUCCAUCACCUCCAUCACAUCGAGACAACGAUGUCCCAUAGCCCCGAAGACGCCAGCGGCCUAUCCUCCGCUAAAGUAUCUGCCUCUGGCAGUCCGACCAACCUCGAGCCCGAACGAGAGACCCGCCCGCGCAUCGACCCCGUAUUCGAGGCAAUACAGUACCAGAAUGCGCGUCGCGACAAUCUCCAUGACUUCGGGAACAGUGUGCAGCAGAAGCAGAGUUUAUGGAAGGGCGCACCCGCGGUGAAUUUUCAGCAGCAGCAGCAGUUUCUGUGGUAGGCUGUAUUAUAUUAUAGAACAAUUAUUAGUGUUGUUGUUGACGAUGACACAUAGAAAUGGGAGGUUAUUUGCACUUAGCAGCAGCUGUUAUUGUUGCUGUUGUUGUCUAUGGGGUGGGAGGAAUCCGUUUAUAUUCAGAGUCAUGAAUAUAACAAACCCUGAUCUAAUUUAUUUAUGUUCAUGUACAUAGUGGAUAUCAGCUGAAUUCCAGAC